UGUGAAGCUUUGUGAUCCACUCAUAUCAGGAGAUUAUAAGUUACACCUGGAGGCUGGAGGACAAAAGGAAACAAAGACCAUAUCAGUGUGUGUUGUAGAUAAACCAAAGUUCAACUUCUUGUUUAAUAAGGAUGAUGGUACCCUCAACCUUGAGACUGCCAGUCUGGUGCCAGCAAACUAUACCUGGAUGUUUUGCUCUGAGUCCAAUGACAGCUGUGAAACAGACUCGUCCUGGGAUGAGGUCCCAAAUGCAUUUAAAGCAGACUCUGAUGUUUCCUGCAACAAGCUGAUCAAGAGCUCAGUGAGCAAAGACGUGGUGAAAGGAGUCAAAUUCAGGUUUUGUCUGACAAACUCAGUUGGAUCCUGGUGCCAAACCCAUUACAUGAUUAUCCCACCUACACCUCAGUCCUCUAUUGGUAAGCCACCUGAGGAUAACUCCUUCCUGCUGAAAGUAUGUGUGGUUCUGCUUCUGGCUUUGAUAGUCGCCAUUAUGGCGCUCACGUAUUUUAUCAAAAAGAAGAAACCCCAAUAUCAGCCUCAGCUUCAGAUGAUCCAGAUGACUGGACCCAGUGAUAAUGAUUACAUCUACAUCAACUUCAAGGACUUUGAGUAUGACAGGAAAUGGGAGUUUCCCAGGGAGAACCUUGAACUGGGUAAAGAACUGGGCUCUGGAGCUUUUGGCAUGGUGGUCCAGGCUACAGCUUAUGGCAUCAAAAAGCCAGGAGUCUCACAGAAGGUGGCCGUCAAGAUGCUGAAAGAAAAACACCAGACUAUGGAGAAGGAGGCUUUGAUGUCAGAGCUCAAGAUGCUAACUCACAUUGGACACCAUGCCAACAUUGUCAACCUGCUCGGUGCAUGCACAGACUCUGGACCAGUAUACCUGAUUUUCCAGUACUGCUGUCAUGGAGACCUGCUGAAUUACUUAAAAAACAACUGUGAACGUUACCACAAGUCUGUCACUGACGCUUUUGACAAAGACCGUUUCAGAAGCCUCUACCACAACCUGCAGCUCAGGAAAUGCCCCAGUGCGCUGGAAGCACCAGUGGAUAAUUACGUGCCUAUGUACACCGCUACCACAGGGGGGCAGGAGGACAUCGCACUCCUUACCAUCAACUCUGACAACAUGGACAGCUGUGAAGACCCAGAGAGCUUUGAAACCCCAGACGAGCAGACGGAAGACCUGGAAGCCCUGACCUUUGAUGACCUGCUGAGCUUUGCCUUCCAAGUGGCAAGAGGCAUGGAGUUCCUCUCCUCCAAGAAUUGUAUCCAUCGGGACCUGGCAGCUCGAAAUGUCUUAGUGACAAACGGCAGGCAGGUGAAAAUCGGUGACUUUGGACUCGCCCGGGACAUCGACAACGACUCCAACUACGUCGUGAGAGGAAACGUAUGUUGGAUGAUACUUUGGUCAUUAUAUUAUUCACUGACUCUUAUGUUAAUCACUGUGGGUGGGUGACUGAGCUCCGCUGUCUCACAGGUGCGUUUGCCAGUAAAGUGGAUGGCUCCUGAGAGCAUCUUCCAGGGAAUGUACACCAUGAAGAGCGAUGUCUGGGCUUACGGCAUUCUGCUCUGGGAGAUCUUCUCACUCGGUGUCACUCCAUACCCGGGCAUAAAGGUGGAUCAUAUGUUCUAUUCAAUGAUUGAGAGAGGAUUUAAGAUGGAGUGUCCAUACUAUGCCAACGAAACUGUGUAUGGGAUGAUGUGUAAGUGUUGGGCCCUGGAUCCCGCUAACCGCCCCUCUUUCUCCAAGUUGGUGUCCUUCCUGUGUGACCUGCUCACAGACCGAGAGGAGAAUCUCUACCAAAACACAAUCAGUCGGACUUCCAGCGACUACCAGAAUGCGUCGACCAUCGUAGACAUGUCUGCCUUGACCAAAGCAAGCGAAGAAAAGAAGACCCAGGCCACCAAUGACUACUGUCAAACCUGUGCCACUGAAGAAAAGAGAGCAGAAACAUGUGACGGAGACACCGUGGCAGCUGAGAAGGAGCUUCUGAAACCAUCCGAUGCAGAGUGAUCGCCUUUAUACAUUUAUUUUUCAUCCAUAUAUCCAACAGCUUAUAUAAUAAUACUGAUAAUACGGUACUAACCUAAGAAUUUAGAGUAGAAUGUACUUGCUUUAUAUUAUAUUCAAGCAUAUCAAGCAGUUUUGGUAAAUUAUGUUUUUUACAAUAAAAUGAGAUUUGAUAAAAUAUAUAUUUUUAAAGUAUUUUUUUGUCCAGUUUUUAUUGUGCAGCUACAAAAUACAAUUAAUUAUGAAACAAAAAAAUAUUCAGAGGAAUGUACUUUAGAAAUGUAGCUAUGGAAAAAAAAGAUUUCUCCAUUAUGUUUAUCUGAAGACUCAGGAAUUUAUUACAUGAUGCAUAUAUGACAUUAUAUAUUAUAUAUAUUACAUUGUUAUUAAUGGAAAUAUUUUUUAAAUACAUUUAUACACCAGCAGGGAAUGCAAGCAUUAUAUUUUUUGUACACAUUUAUUUUUUCCACAAUAAACUUUCUUUAUAUAUUUUACUGUAACUUUUACACUAUAUGCCAUUUUAUCUACAGCAUUACACCUGCAAUAAAAUGUACUUUAAAGAAA